AUGCCUCCUCUUCCGGAAUCCAUUGCUCGUGCUCUCUCCCUUACUCCAGAUAAGGCUACUGUUUCCUCCGCUGGGUUCGGUUCUGGCUUCACUACGACCGGCAAGAUCAGCGCAUCAGUGCCUGCCCCUGAUGGCAACGGUGAAGAGCAACGAUUAUUCUUCCUAAAGACUUCCGGCGAUGGCAAAGCCGCUGAGGAGAUGUUCCGUGGAGAAUACGAGUCACUCAAUGCAAUCGCUUCUGCCGUUCCGGGCUUAUGCCCUCGAGCUCUCGCAUGGGGCCCGGUUCAGGAAGGCGGAGGGAAGAGCUAUUUCCUGGCGACGGAGUUCCUAGAACUUGGUGGUGGGCGCUCAGGCUCUUCACUGGCGAAGAGAUUGGGAAAGCUACAUAGUACACCAGCUCCUCCAGAUCCAGAGACUGGCAAGCGCAUGUUUGGGUUCCCGGUCCCGACGUUCUGCGGUGAUACAAGGCAACCGAACCGGUUCCGCGAGUCGUGGGCGGACUUCUAUGCCAAUGAGAGGCUCAUGACUAUCCUGGAUGAAUCAGAGAAGCGAAACGGGAAGGACUCAGAGCUCCGGGAAUUGGUAGAGAAGACAGCCACAAAAGUCGUUCCCGCACUACUUGCAGAUGGUCAUUUGGGAUACGACAAGAAUGGUCAAGGCAAGGGUAUCGUUCCUGUCGUUAUCCACGGAGACCUGUGGAGUGGCAAUGCAGGCCGUGGGCGAAUUGUUGGAAGUGGACGAAAGGAAGAUGAGGAGACGGGUGAUGUGCUCUAUGACCCAUCCGCUUGCUAUGCUCAUAAUGAAUACGAACUGGGAAUUAUGAAGAUGUUUGGUGGCUUCGGAUCUGCCUUCUUUAAUGAGUAUCAUCGCAUUGUCCCCAAGACGGAGCCGGUCGAGGAGUAUGAGGACCGGGUGAGGCUGUACGAAUUGUACCAUCAUCUUAACCACCACGCUAUCUUUGGGGGCGGAUAUCGCUCAGGCGCAGUGUCUAUAAUGUCGAAGUUGAUCAGAAAGUACGGAAGUAGCAAGGUGUGA